AUGGGACUAUCAGGCGAUGAACCGCUUCGUCGCAUUGUCACCACGCAUCAGGACUCCAGAUCUGCGAUUCUGUUCGAUAACCACCUCGAGCCAACCGAGGGCUUUGCUGCAAAGGCUGCUACUAUCUGGAUGACCAGGCAGUAUCCAGCCGAGCUAACGAGCCUCGAUGCAAGUACCGAUCCCCGCAGUCGGCAGAUGUACAGCAGGGGCUCUCUGAUCCGCGUAGUGGACUUCCCCCCACACUCAGUCGGUCACAACCACCGCACCCAGUCUCUGGACUAUGCCAUCAUUAUGGAUGGGGAGAUGGAGAUGCAGCUGGAUGAUGGAUCUAGGACCAAGGUCCAGGCUGGAGACGUUGUCGUACAGCAGGCGACUAUGCAUCAGUGGCACAAUGUCACAGAUCGAGUCGCUCGUGUGAUCUUCGUCCUGCUACCUUCCGAGCCGUUUGUUGUAGGCGAGGCCCUCCGCGACAAAGGCAUUCCAGGGGCAUUCCAGGUUCUCCACUAG